GAAACAGUGUCCACCUUAGCUUACCUAUUUCGCAUGCCCUUCCUCACCAACCGGCUUAUGGAAGUGUUACUCUAUUAAUUAUUAUAAAUACCAUCAUCAACCCUGCUUCCUACGCAUAACAUUAUCCAUUCACUAAUCAUAAUCACUUCCAAUUGCUCUCACUAGUCACUACUACUACUGGAGAUGGCUUCAACUGCCUCUUGCACUUCUAUUUCCCCUUCUAGUGAUGGUUGCCUUUGCUGGUGACUUAAACAAAGACUUUGACAUCACUUGGGGAGAUGGCCGCGCCAAGAUACUAAACAAUGGAGAGUUACUCACUCUUUCAUUGGACAAAGCAUCUGGUUCAGGUUUUCAAUCAAAGAAUGAGUAUCUCUUUGGGAAGAUUGACAUGCAGCUCAAGCUCGUCCCUGGAAACUCUGCUGGUACCGUCACUGCCUAUUAUUUAUCUUCAAAAGGAUCUACUUGGGAUGAGAUAGACUAUGAGUUUCUUGGAAACUUGAGUGGUGAUCCAUACAUCCUUCACACAAACGUUUUCAGCCAAGGCAAAGGGGACAGGGAACAACAAUUCUAUCUGUGGUUUGACCCCACUGCUGAUUUCCACACUUACUCUAUCACGUGGAACCCCCAGAGGAUUAUAUUCUCUGUUGAUGGCACUCCCAUUAGAGAGUUCAAGAACUUAGAGCCUAUUGGGGUCCCCUUCCCAAAGAAUCAGCCAAUGAGGAUGUACUCUAGUUUGUGGAAUGCUGAUGACUGGGCCACAAGAGGUGGCCUUGUGAAGACAGAUUGGACACAAGCUCCAUUCACAGCUUCCUACAGAAACUUCAAUGCUGAGACUUGCAUAUGGUCUUCUGGAGCAUCUUCUUGUGCUAAAACUUCUUCUACUUCCACCACUAGCAGUGGUUCAUGGCUUUCACAGGAACUGGACUCUGCAGGCCAUCAGAGGUUGAAGUGGGUGCAGAAGAACUACAUGAUUUACAAUUAUUGCACAGACACUAAGCGUUUCCCACAGGGCCUUCCUCCAGAAUGCAACAUCUCUGGAGAGAAAAACAAAGCAACGCAUUCCUCUUAUAUUUUCUAUGAUCAGAAUGUCAUACCAAUAUUAGUUUAAUUCUUGAUGUAGCUAUUGUAGUUUAAUUCUUUCAUUUGUUCCCCUGUUUGUCACCACUGUGUUAACAAAUACGGCCAUUUUUAUUAUAAAAUAGAUUCUUUUCAAUAG